CAAGUGCAGAUGUCAAUUACCAUAAUGUCGAAGUUUAUAGUGUUUACAUUGGUCUCGUCGUUUUGGAUUUAUUAUAUUCACAGCGAAGUGGUCCAAAUAGUAAAACGUUCAACAUGCCAACACAAUGAGAUGCAAGUGGAGUGUACGCACUGCGGCCCCAAGACAUGCAACGAGCUAGGCUCACCCAUCCCCUGCAUCGGCGCCAAUGGAGUAUGCAGACCGGAAUGCGUAUGUAUCGAUGGAUACGUGAGAGACACUAAUGGAACAUGCAUACCCAAAGAUGAAUGCCCUAGUUGCGGUGGUGACUACAAUGCAACAUCUGGUUGCGGAAACCACUGCGGCAACUCAUGUUCCGACUACAAAGAAAUAAACAAAACGUGUCUCACAGGAUGCCGGUACAACAGCUGUGAUUGUAAAGAUGGAUACGUUUAUCAUGAGAACUUGAAGUAUUGCGUUUUGCCAACAGAUUGCUGAAAUUUACGGAUGAGCUACAAAAUGGAACUGUUGAAAGUUUCAGAGAUGAAUAAAACGAGAGAAGAAAAGUGUACGAAGAAAGUUUUGUUCUAAAGUAUGUCAAAGGGACUUUUAAAGAGACAAAUGAUCGACGUUGUGGAAAAUAAUACGUUGAUAGAUAAUAAAACA